UGCUCCAAAACUACUAAACUGAUACAAAAAAUAUUGUUAUUGUUGGGACUGUUGGUAUGGACAGUACUACCUACAGGAUGCCAGUAAAACCCCGGGAAAACUGCUAGUUGAUAAUAUAUUAAAGUUACUUUGUAGUAAUCUAUUCAAAAUAAAUGUGGUUAUUACCCCAGGAUAGAAAAACAUAACAUUAAAACAGAAAUUAGUUUGCUUUCUAAUUUGUUUCAAGCAAUGCUCAUUCAAUACAUAUUUUGCAUGUCAUCUACCGAUACUUUCAUACAAGGAGUUGCUGUUACUGUCGAAUGUUUUAGCAUUAUGUCAGCUAGCUGGGGAAACUCUACACCUAAGAAUAUUUAAAGAUGUAAUGAUUUUGUUUCAGGAUGCAAAACUAACAACAGAGCAAAUUCCAUGUCAGCAAUAAUUAAAAAUUUUAAGUUUAACAGAGGUGUACCAAGGAUAUUAGUAAUGCAUGUACAAAGCACUCUUAUCGAACUUAAUGUAGCUAGGCUAGUUUGAAAAUUCAAAUAUGAUUCAUAUAAAUGUAAUAAAUUUUCAUAGAAAGCUAUGCUGAAAUUGACAAAUAGUUUUUACAGAUAUUUAGCGUUUACAUGUGAGAAGGUUAACAAGGCACAUGUGAGACGUUUCUCGCAUUUGAAUUGUAAACGGAAGACAUGUGGUACGGAGUGCGUGGAUAUAAAACUGACAGCACAGUUCCACUCGAGCCUACAACUGCGACAACACGGCCACGGGAAGAAACGAGUGAAGAUCAAGAUACCGCCUUUGAAUUCCAAUGAGUGUAAUAAGAGACAUAAGCCAAUGAGUGAUCCAUUGCAACCUUCCAUUAAUCAUGCUAGUUAUGGAGGAACAUUUGAUGUUUCAUCAGAAAGUACUGAGGAGUGGCAUCGGCAGAUGGACGCAGCAGCGACCUCGGCUGAAGGCAGGAGGCCUCCGCUCAACAUACCACCGGACUUUCGAGCGUGGGAAACAGUAGGCAACAGUUGGGAAUGCAGACAGGGUCCAUCAGUGAAGUUCAAAGUGUUAUCUUACAACGUGCUCGCCCAGUACCUACUAGAGUGCCACCCGUACUUAUAUACCGACUGCUCGCCGCGCGAUCUGAAGUGGAAGGCCAGGGCUGCGCGUCUCUACGAUGAAAUCACCAAAUUGGCACCUGAUAUAUUAUGCUUCCAAGAAGUACAAGCGUCUCACGUAGAAAGUUUCUACUCGCAGUUCGAGCGGAUAGGAUACUUCGGCGUGUUCAAACAAAAGACGGGGCACAGGCAGGACGGGUGCGCCAUCUACUUCAAACAGUCCAAGUUUGAACUCAAGGAUCAUCUUAGUGUGGAGUUCUACCAACCAGAGCUCCCGAUCUUGAACCGGGAUAACAUUGGAAUAAUAGUGAAGUUGCUGCCUCUUGAGCUCCCAGGUUCGCCCGUCGUCGUUGCCACCACACAUCUGCUGUACAACCCUAAGAGGACAGAUGUCAGACUGGCACAGAUGCAGGUCUUCCUGGCUGAGAUCGACCGUUUCGCUUACUAUGAUAACGGGAGAGAAUCAGGACAUCAUCCUAUUAUAAUGACGGGAGACUUGAAUUCAACGCCAGACAGCGCUGUUAUAAAACUGUUAGAUAGAGGACAUGUUAGCGCAAGUCCUUACCGAGAUAAUUCUGACUGGAGACGCAUAGGAGUGACGGACAACUGCCAACACCUCUCUGUGAUCCUGAACAGACAGCAGGGGAUAGACACUAAAUUCAGCAAUAUUAAGAUAUACAACUCGGAGUAUAGUAUGGAGGAGGCGGAGUCGUGCGGGUACUCCGCCCUCACGGAACAGUUCAGUUCGAUGUUUAACAGCAGCGUGAUCGGACACUCGCUCAACUUGGGCUCAGUUUACAGCUCCUUCAAAAGUGAUGGACAGUGCGUUGCCACCACCUUCCAAGACUACUGGGUUACCGUCGACUAUAUUUAUUUUAGUUGUUGCAGUGCAUUGAAGGUGGUGGAACGCCUGCGGUUACCUACCGAGACCGAGUGCGAAGUGCUCGGCCGCCUGCCCAACGAGGUGUAUGGCUCCGACCACCUGGCCCUGGCUGCCGUCUUCGAACUCAAGCCGUACAAGUCCACUCUAUAACUUACACAAAACAACUCCGGACUAGAAUAUUCUACGAUUAUUGAUAAGCAUCGAUUGUAUUCGCGACUCGCAACUCGGCGAAAAUUAAUCGAGUAACACUACGAUGCAAUAGAAAGUACAUAUAGUUUUUGUAAGAUGUCUUGACCAGAGAAGGAGACAAUUCUUUUUGUUUGGGAAAUAGGCCCUUAGCAUAUUGAUUUUCUCUGGUGGCAGAAACUACAAACGGCAUGCGUAAAGGCAAACGUUUAUUCGGUUUUUACGGUAUUCAUUCUUAUUAUUAGCACAAAUAAUGCAUUUUUGAAUAUAGAAAAAAAGUGGAUCAUUAUUGUUCUCCCCACCAAAAUUCGAUGAUUGCUGUGCGACACUGCUUAAACCAUGGCUGAAAUUCGGCUUUCCACGCCACGGAUAAAAUGUCCUUGUUAUCAUGCUUACAUUAAAAUGAUUGCUUUUGAAAUACCAAAAAUGAUCAAUAAAAGUUUGGUUUUUUGGUUCGCAUAAAGAAUUGUCUCCUUUUGAAUUUAUUUAGUCUCGCUGUUUUACUGCGGAUGCGAAUACGUACUCGUCCUGUUAGUGUAUUUGUCGAUUGUCGUACUGUGCUGCGUACCUCUGACUAACAAUAACAUUUGACAUCGCUUAAGUAGUGUCUUGGAUUUGUUAAUGACUUAUUUAUUAUAUCUUCUCUUAAACGAAAUAAUCUCUCCCGAGCUGGUUGAAAUAAUUAUUUAUAUCUGUAUUAAAACUAAUAUGUAUGUAGUAAUUUAAGAAUACCAUGUGGUCACGCCCCUUGCCCGAUUGAUUACUGGUAAGACGUAUUUUCAAUUGACAUCCGAUUAAUUAUCACAGACAAGUUUGCACAUGCCGAGUGAUGUCAUGACUUUUAUCAUAAUUAGGACCCAGUUGGUCAUAUCUCACUGUCUGGUUAGAAAGUUGAUUGAUUCUGGACAUGUUUAAUAGUAAAUUAGACAUAGACUAGGUACAUAAUUGUCAUAAUUUAGAGCCCUCUUCAGCUCUUAAGCCCAACGUCAACCAAAGCAGAGCGGAACGGAAAAAAUCUGAAUUUCGGUAUUCAAACAUGUCAUCUCUGCUCACUUAGACAUCACAAAUUAUCCUUGAGCGGAGAUAUUAUAUUCUUUAAAAGCUUUUCCGCUCCGCUUUGUCACCUUUACGUGAUAUGGUCUUUAUUAAUUUGCUAACUUUAUCUAGAUUCGUUUAAAAAUGUUAGUAUUCAUAACAACCUUAGGUUCAGAAAAAUACGAAACUUUGUCGUGAACAAGUCAUAGUAAAAAACUAAUUUAUUCUGACAACGGUUCAUUACCAGUUCAUCUGUCCCGUGAAUAUGAUUACACGUCGAUUUUAAACUAUUUGAACUAUAACGCGGACGGGGAUUGGAUUAACUUAACGUAAUUGUAAUAUAUUGCAUUGUUUUAUUUUAUAGAUUUUUAUGUGAUGGAAAGAAUAAAUGAAUAUUUUUUUCUA